AUGAGCCCCCUCCUCAAUCUCCUCGAACCUCCUCCAAAUUCUCCUGCCAGUCGACUGUCUCCCUUCAAUUGCCCCGUCCCUGGCAGCUUCAGCGUCCGCCUGUGUGCCGAAACAGCCGAUGACCAUAGAUAUGUGGUCAAGGACGAGCGUAACGGAGCGGAAGAGGGCAUUGGCUGGAGGUUGGGUCUAGCGGUAGAUGCCUGGCUUGUUGGGUUUGUAGUUGGAAGAACGUGGCACUCGAAAGCUACAUAUGUCAGCCUCUUGGCCAAGUACAGUUUUGGAAUACGUCGGUUCCUUUCCAGCAAACAAACGUCAGUCGAUGACAGCAGUACUCUCAAGUAUACUCGCGCAGGCUUGUAUAAUGCUAAUAUGAAUGGACCUACAAGUCGACAUCCAUCAGAGCUUUCUGGCCCUCUAGGCGGCCUUUCAGCCAGCAGAACCCAAGAACCGACGAGCACAGUCGCAUCCUCAAUGACGGGGAUGUCUUCCAAUGACUACUCUCUUUGGUCUUCCAGUGUCAGCUAUCCCCUUUGCACUUGA